AUGAAUUUUCUCGAUCCAAUUGCAAAAAGUAAUCUCCCAUCACAAAAUCGAAGUUAUCAAACACCUUUGAGUGAUGAACAAUUUGAAAUUUUAUGUCGAACAAUGGUUCAUGAAACAAGUGAUCAUGAAAGAAAACUUGAAACUCUUUAUCAUUCACGGGGAUUUUUAAGUGGUGAACAAGCAGGUCAUAUUGUUGCAUCAUUAACACGACCAAAAGAUCGAGUAAAAGCAAUCAUGAUAUUAGAACCGCGUUUAAUUCCAAUGACAUGUCAACAAGCACGAAAUAUUCUUGCUUCUGUUACUAUACAUAAUGAUCGUCUUGAAGCGCUUCAAUAUGUAAAAAGAGCUCUUAAUGAUGCAAAUACACAAGAAGGAAAUGAUUAUAUAUUAAGUGCCUUUCCAUUCUUUGAAGAUAAAUUAAAAGCAGCUGCUAUUUUGGAUACGGUCAUUGCACGAGAAGGAAUAAGAGUAGCUGCAGGUGGACAUAUUGGUUACGGUGCACUUGGCUCAUCAGUUGUUCGUGCUGCACCAUUGAAUCCACAUUUUUACGGAUCAGUUGCUGCUCAAGUAGCUCAUUUACCAAAUCAUAGUCAAGAUGCAUCACCCGUCAAUAAAAUAUUUCCUCCUCAAGCUCCAUCAAUUUAUUCAUUUGGUGAAACAUAUCUUCCACCAAAACGAGCAACGGAUAUCAAUGCACAUUUUACAUCUAAGACAAGCAUGAAUCUUAAUAAUAAUCAAUAUACAGGAUUUAAUUCAUCACCAUCAAAUAUGUAUCAUGCAUCGGAUCCAGGUCCAAUAGGUUACGCAAAUUUACAACCAAAUACAGCACCAAAUACAUAUGAUGUAUCAUCUCAAUUACAUCAAGCAACAUAUUCAUAG